CAGCGGCGUGGGAGAGGAAUACAUAGGAUUCGGAACUGGGGCCGGAAAGUAGAGUCAGUACUUCCAAUAUCAAGGCACCACGUCAGCAUUACGACACACUCAUGAGGGGAUCGGGCCCCACAAUAGAGUCCAAAAGUUUUGGCGGGUCAAUCACAACAAAUUCAAAUAAGCAACCCUUACCAAAUCCCUAACUUUUUCUCCAACCAGUCAAUUCAUUCUCAUUUCCCUCCCUUUCUCCCAUUUGCUAGGGUUAAUGCUUCUCUCUUUGCUUCAUUUCAGGUGCGCGCACUGCUGUUUGCUUGAAUUCUGGGUUUCAGCUGUGGAUUUUUGCUUGUUUUUCUGUAGGUAGGGACAAUAUUUAAGCUGUUUUUGAAGGUUGUCCGCAUCAAUGUCAAUUAUCAGAAGAAUUUGUGCCUAGCUUCUGUAAGAAUUCUUCAGUCACUUCUUCCGAGAAAUCAAAUUCCUUCUAGCUUCAAGCUUCAUGUGAUUUUAGAUUGCAUUUGGUUAACGUGGAAAGAAAUCUUUGGUUAGAUUUACUUUUCAAUUUGAGUGAAGUGGAAAACUUGAGGGUAGAGGAGAUCCCUAAUUGCCUGGCAAGUAGAGAAAACAGAAAGAGAGUAGUAUGGGGAAAGUGUCUCCUAAAGAUGGGCAAUGCAAAAUUCCAAAACAGAAGAGGCAGUCAAAGAGUACCAAGAGCAUGUAUCUGAGACCAGGUGCUCUGGCACAGCUUCGGUACACCAAGGUUUCUGCUGCUAAAUGUUGUACUGAUCUUAGGAAGAAAAAAUUGGUGGUAAGGAUUGCAGAUAAUGCUAAUGAGGAACUUGUACUUCCAAAUAAUGGUAAUGAUGACAGUUCAAUGGUUCUAUCUCCUGUGAGAUAUUGUUUGGGUGCUGUGUCUUCACCCAUGGAUUUGGCCAAGCAGAAUACUUUGCAGAUGACACCAAAGACACCCGGAGCUGUAGAAGGCAUGUCGGAGUCAAGGCUUGAGUCACUUCCAUUGGAUUUGCUGGUUAAAAUACUUUGCCACCUGCAACAUGACCAACUAAAAUCAGUUUUCCACGUCUCUCACAAGAUUAGGAAGGCAGUAAUUCUGGCAAGGCAAUUCCAUUUCAAUUAUACUACUCCAGAUAGAAUGGGGCAAGAUAUGCUAAGAACCAUGACUCCUUUCCCUGCUGAUCACUGGUCUUUUGCAAGCAAGGGGGAUGGGAAAAAUUCAUGGGUUCACAGUCCUCAUACUCCUAAGGCUCCUAAGCAUGGUCCCAGGCCCCCAUCUCGUCUCAAGUUUACAGAGAUGGAGCAAAUUGCAGCUGUUCUUUUCCCUGAAUCUGCAUUUCCUUCAAGGUGUUUGGUGCCAUCUGUUAUACCAAAACCCCUUUGCAAGUCCUUGGGUUCUAAUAGAGUUCUAUUCUACGAGGAUGAGCUAUGCCAGGCUGUUUCUCAGAAUAAACUUCUUUAGUUCCUGCUGUAGUUUCUCAUCACCUAAUAUGUGUAUAGUAGGAAUCUUUGGUAGUAAUACAAUCAUGGUGGAGUUUUGUAAUUUUUUCAGGGCGCUAGUGGAAGUUGAAGAUUCCACUGGGUUAUAAUGUGAAGGCUGUGAUGCGUAAAUACUAUGCUGGUCUUGUGUAUAGAGUCCUGUAUGAUUUCCUUAUAUUAGGUUUUGGAGUGGCAAUUGCUUGUUGCUUUAUCUGUAACAAUGAAGUGAAAGAAAUAUAUGCAAUGUUUUAGAGGAGUUCAUUGAGUGUGA